AUGGCGACGCCGGCAUGCCGGAAUGACGUGUCCUACACCCUCCUCGGCCCACCAGCGGAGAGCCUCCACGCCGCGGCCGCGCGCGCGGCGGCGGCGGCGGAGAAGGCGGCCGCGGUCAUGCCCACCACCGGCGACGCGUUCCUGGACCUGAUGGACGCCGAAUUCAACAAGCCGACGCCCGGGCCGAAGAAGGCGCGCACGGAGAACGCGUUGCCGACGUUCGUCUCCUCGGGGGACCCCUGCCUCGACUUCUUCUUCCACGUCGUCCCCGGCACCCCAGCCGCGUCCGUCGCCUCCCUCCUCGCCGACGCGUGGCGGCCGAGCCCAACACGGCGCUCCGCCUCGCGUGCAACCUCCGCGGCGUGCGCGGCACCGGCAAGUCCGACCGCGAGGGAGUUCGGCUACCUCAAGGACCUCCCCGAGAUCCUGCACCGCAUCAUCCACGGCGGUGUCUCCACGAGGACCCCCGGGAAGAAGGCCCGUCUCGCCGCCCUGGGAGGCUUCGUCGUCCGUAACCGCGACGGCAGCCGUCGUCGUUUCGUCCACAACCGCCAAGAGAGGAGGCCACGGCGCAAGGGGAACGCGCCACGCGGCGCCGAGACAAGGGAGGCGCGCAUCGCUGCCGCCAACGAGCGCGACCGCAAGCUUUCAGCCGACGCGGCCGUUGAGCGCAGGAAGAGGCGCGCAGAUACCGCGGCCAGAGCCGUCGACCGGUACGCCCGUGACCCCAAGUACCGGCUCCUGCACGACUGCACGGCGGAUCUGUUCGCCAAGCUCCUCGCCGAGGACAUGCAGAAGCUCGCCGACGGCAAGCUCAGCGACAUCUCCCUUGCCGCGAAGUGGUGCCCGUCGCUAGAUAGCUGCUACGACCGCUCCACGCUCCUCUGCGAGGCCAUCGCGCGCCGCCUCUUCCCCAAGGGCUCGGCGCCUGACCUCCCCGACGACUUGGAGGACGCGUACUACGCCUACCGAGUGCGCGAACGCCUCCACAAGGCGCUCGUGCCCCUUCGCCGUGCACUCAAGCUCCCCGAGAUCUUCAUCUCGGCGAAGGCGUGGGGGGACGUGGUCUACAAGUGCGUGGCGUCGGUGGCCAUGAAGAACUACAAGGACCUCUUCGUCAAACGCGACAAGGAGCGCUUCGAGAGCUACCUCGCCGACGUCAAGUCCGGCAAGGCGAAGAUCGCGGCGGGCGCCCUGCUACCCCACGAGAUCCUGGCGUCGAUCGACAGCGAAGGCGUCGCCGACCUGCAGUGGGAGCGCAUGGUCACCGACCUGCGGGCGCUUGGCAAGCUCAACAAUUGCAUCGCCGUGUGCGACGUGUCGGGCAGCAUGGACGGCCUCCCCAUGGACGUCUGCGUCUCGCUCGGCCUCCUCGUCUCCGAGCUCAGCAGCGAGCCGUGGCACCACCGCGUCAUCACCUUCAGCUCGCGGCCUCAGCUGCACCAGAUCCCUGACGGGACCCUGAUGGAGAAGACCAACUUCAUCCGUCGCAUGAAUUGGAACAUGAACACAGACUUCCAGGCCGUGUUCGACAAGCUCCUCCACAUUGCGGUCGCCGGCAAGCUUACCCCGGAGCAGAUGGUGAAGAGGGUGUUCGUGUUCAGCGACAUGGACUUCGACCAAGCAUCGUCGAGGCCGUGGGAGACGGACUACGAGGCGAUCACGAGGAAGUUCACGGAGGCCGGGUACGGUGCGGUGGUGCCGGAGGUUGUCUUUUGGAACCUGAGGGACUCCGAUUCUGUGCCUGUGACAGCAUUGCAGAAGGGGGUGGCGCUGGUGAGCGGCUUCUCCAAGAACAUGGUGAAGUUGUUCCUUGAUGGCGACGGAAUCGUGACGCCCAGGGACAUCAUGGACAAGGCCAUCUCUGGGCCGGAGUACCAGAAGCUCGUCGUCUUCGAUUGA